CCGGCGCUCUUCCGGGUCGUCCCCGGGCGGCUCUAGGCGCUCCUUGAGUUAUUUAAGUAAAAGGCGUGGCCUCUGGUGCUAAUGGCAUGGAGAAGGGGCGUCGCGCGCGCGGAACUCGUUGGGAGGCUGGGGGCCUACACAGCACUUCUUGGGGCCUAAGUUGCCUGCGGCUGGACCGGCUCGCACGAGACCGCCAGGUGCCGCUUCCCCUUCCAGCCAGCCUCCGCCGCCUUCCUUCCGACUUUCGCGUGCCUUCUUUCCGGCGCCCGCCCGCGGCCAGAGCCAGGAUGCUUCCGAAGCGGCGGCGAGCGUGGGUCGGGUCCCCUGGCGGUCCUGCCCCCUCCACGGCGCGCUUCCCCGGCAUUGCCAUCUACCUGGCCGAGCCUCGCAUGGGUCGCAGCCGCCGGGCCUUCCUCACGCGCCUGGCCCUCUCCAAGGGCUUCCGGGUCCUGGAUGCCUACAGCUCUGAGGUGACACAUGUGGUGAUGGAACAGACCUCAGCAGAGGAGGCCAGCACCUGGAAGGAGCACAGGGCGGUGGCAGGCUCUCCACAGGGCCGCACCAGCCCAGUGCUGCUGGACAUAAGCUGGUUCACGGAAAGCAUGGCAGCUGGGGAGCCCGUGCCUGUGGAGCCUCGGCACUGCCUGGAGGUGGCCGUGCCCGGGAAAGGGCUGCCAGGCUCAGUAUGGAUGCCACAGUAUGCCUGCCAGCGCCCCACACCCCUCACACACCACAACAGCAGCCUCACGGAGCCUCUGGAGAUGCUGGCGGAGGCGGCUGGCUUUGAGGGCAGUGAAGGCCGCUUCCUCUCCUUCUACAGAGCGGCCUCGGUGCUCAAGGCCCUUCCGAGCCGGGUCACAGCCAUGAGCCAGCUGCAGGGGCUGCCCCACUUUGGAGAACAUUCCUGCAGGGUCAUCCAGGAAGUGCUGGCACAGGGAGUAUGUGAGGAGGUGGAGAGAAUCCGAUGCUCAGAGAGGUACCAGACCAUGAAGCUUUUCACCGGGAUCUUCGGGGUUGGGGUAAAGACUGCUGACCGGUGGUACCGAGAAGGGCUGCGGACCCUCGACAGCCUCCAAGAGCAGCCCCAGAGGCUGACCCAGCAGCAGAAAGCAGGACUCCGGCACUACCAGGACCUGAGUGUGCCGCUCCAGCGACCCCAAGUAGAGGCCCUGCAGCGGGUGGUGGAAGCAGCUGUGGGGCACAUCCUUCCCGGGGCCACCGUCACGCUGGCCGGGGGCUUUCGGAGAGCAGGCCCCCUCAGGGGCAAGUUGCAGGGCCACGACGUGGAUUUCCUCCUCACCCACCCCCAGGAGGGCCGGGAGGCAGGGCUGCUGUCCAGAGUGAUGCACAGCCUGCAGAGUCAGGGCCUUGUCCUGUACCACCAGCACCACCACGGCCACUGUGCAGAUGCCGCCUGCCCGCCCCGGCAGAACCAUGCCAUGGAUGGCUUUGAGAGAACCUUCUGUAUCUUCUGCCUGCCUUCACCCCCAGGGGCUGCUGUGGGGGGCGCCCGGAGGGCCGUGCGGGUAGACCUGGUGGUGGUCCCUGUCAGCCAGUUCCCCUACGCCCUGCUGGGCUGGACCGGCUCGAAGCAUUUCCAGCGGGAGCUGCGCCGCUUCAGCCGGAAGGAGAGAGGGUUGUGGCUGAACAGCCAUGGGCUGUUUGACCCCCAGCAGAAGAAACAUUUCCAUGCGGCUUCGGAGGAAGACAUCUUCAGACACCUGGGCCUGGAGUACCUUCCCCCAGAGCAGAGAAAUGCCUGACCCAGCCGCUGGCCCAGUCUGCUCUCUGGAGAGGCAGGCCCUGUGGAUGCCCUCGGCCGCUGGAAGUCUCCAGGGCAAAGAUGCACUGUGGCCCCAGGUCCUCACCCCACACCCAGGCCCGGAUAUAAUGAAAUGAGCACACGUAACAAACCAAGCUCUGUUUUUCUGUGCUGCUGGCUGCCCAGGGGGCGUGGUGCUGAUUCUGUGCAGAGGCCCAUCCUGCUGGGUGUUGGUCGGGGGCAGGGCUGUGUGACCCUGGGUCAGUGAGGACCUGAAGGCACCUUCUCUGUGGGCUGGUUGUGGAACUUGAGGUGGCGGAUGGCAAGUGCUUUGUGCGGUGGGGGUGGGGGGUUGUCCACCUGCUGUGUGGCCAGCCACUGGGGAGGACAGGGCCCAGAGGUAGGAGCUGGGGGCAGGGGGAGAAUUUCCAGGGCCCGUCUACCACCUUCCAGCCAGGCUUCCUGUCUCUGCCUCUGCUCUUCUAAGGUCUGUUCUCAGAAGGCCUUUGUCAGCAGGUCCUGUCGCACCCCUCGUUGCUCCAGGCACACACUCGUGCUCAGCGAUUCCAAAGCCUCACAGUGGCCCCCAGAGCCCUGGCCACCCCUGACCACUGGCCUCAUCUGUUCUCCCACUGCUUUGAGCCAGGUGCCUUCCUGCCCCGGUGCCCAUGUGAACUGCCCCAGACACCCACGAGGCCAGGCCAGGUCUCAGCCUUUCCUGGAGGGGCCUUGGCCAUGCAGUGUUCUCUGCUCCUCAAAUCCCCAGGCCUGCUCCGGCCUCAGUGCCUUUGCCACAGGACCGUCCACUAGAAGGCCUCUCCUGACUCAGGUCUCUGUCUGUUGAGGACUUUCCUGACCACUCGCUGCGUUAAGAAUUACUUUUUUAAAUAACAUGCAGACAAAUUGAUUCUUUUUGGUGUCCCUGUGUACACCCAUUCCCCUCCACCAUGCGAGCCCUAGAAAUAAAACAGCCAGUUAUUGUGCCAGCAAAA